AUGUUCAAGAUUUUCUUCUUCUUGUCUUUCUUGGUCAUGGCCUUUGCCAGACCCGGCUACCUCAGUUCCCAUCCAGUGGUAUCAUCUUAUCAUGCCGCUCCUGCUGUGCAUGUGGCCCAUCCAAUAAUUUCCACACAUAGCAUUGCCACUCCCUUGAUCCAUCAUGGCGGUUAUCUUCAUGGAGGCUAUCACGGUGGAAUUCAUGGCUUGUACUAA